AUGCAUCCAUCUUCGGUCGGCGCAAGAUCCGCGUGGUGGGUCGCCGCCGGCAGCGAGCCGGGCGCCGCCUCGGCAGCGCCGCCGCAGCUGCACGAGGCGUACGCCGAGCACCAGGCGGAGCUUCCACGGCUGCCCAUCCCGCCGCUCGACGAGACCCUCGAGCGCUUCAUGCGGGCGGCGACGCCGCUGCUGGCCCUGCGCGGCGGCACCGCCGCCGUCAACGACGCCGCCGCGAUGGUGGCCUCGUUCGGGGCGGCCGAGGGUGCGGCGCUCGACUCAAAGCUGCGCGAGUGGGACGAGGGCCCGGCUCGCGACGGCUCCUACCUCGAGUCUGCUUGGUACCGGCUCGCGUACCUCGGCUCGCGCGUGCCGGUGCCGAUCAACUCGAACCCCGCCAUGGUGCUCCGCGAGCCGGCGGGGAGCGAAGGCAGCCAGCUCUGGCGCGCGGCCACGCUGCUCGCCGGCGCCGCCGAGUUUGCGGCCGAGCUGCGAUCCGGCUCGCUCCCUGCCGCGAGCGCGAGAGGGAUCCCCUUCUGCAUGUCGAUGUUCCCCGCGGUGCUCGGGACGGCGCGGCUGCCCGAGACCGGCUGCGACCGCAUGCGCUGCUCCCCCUCCUCCACCCACGCCGCCGUCGGAUGGCGCGGCGAGUGGUACUCGCUUCCUCUCUUUGGAGCAGACGGCGCGCGGCAGGCGCCGCGUGACGCAGCAGAGGCGGAGUGA